UGAAAAACUGAUACCCAUCAUCAAAUUGGCAGUUCGAUUUCGAUAUUGGUCAAUCCUCAUUUCAUAACAUUGAUGAUACUUCAGCUCAUGCACAAAAUGGCACGCGCAUUAUUUUCACCUAUGGCGCGGAAGGCCACACUAGCGCUCCAGACUUUGCGAUCACAAUACCAAUGCACAAGGUGGCUGGCGACGCAAGGGGCCAAAGUGCAGAGUCAGCACAGCAUGCCCGCUGCCUACUACCGGGGGGGGCACAUCUCGGGCCAUCAUGGUGCAGCCUAAGCAUCUGCCCGAAGACAGAGCACAAUGGGACAAAGUAUUCCUUGGCGCGAUUGGCAGUCCAGAUCCCUACGGACGUCAACUCGACGGGCUGGGUGGUGGCAUCUCAAGUCUUUCCAAGGUGUGCAUCGUGGGGCCCUCAACCCGGCCCGAGGCAGACGUCAACUACACAUUUGUCUCCAUCGGAAUUCGAGGUGGGAGCAUUGACUAUUCCAGUAACUGCGGCAACAUGUCCGCCGCAGUGGGCCCCUACGCCAUCGACUCCGGCAUAGUCGACAUCGCACCGCGGAAUGAGGAGGGUGGGGAUCUCGUCACAGUCCGUAUUUUCAACACCAAUACUGGGAAGAUCAUUAACUCUACCUUCCCCGUCGUUGAAGGCGAGGCUGCAGCUUCGGGCGAUUUUACCAUUGACGGCGUGGCCGGCACCGCGUCGCGUGUGCAACUCGAUUUCAUCAAGCCAGGUGGCUCGCGAACGGGGAAACUCCUGCCGUCUGGCAAUGUAACCGAUCAGAUUGCUGGCGUUCAGGCAACCCUUAUUGACGCUGGCAACCCGUGUUGUUUCGUCUCUGCGGCUGGCCUGGGCGUGGACGGGGUUCUUAGUUCACAGCAGAUCGACGACAAUGCCUCACUAAAGCAGAAGCUCGAGGAAAUCCGUCGCGAGGCGGCGGUGAAGAUGGGACUGGCUAAUAGCAUUGACGAUGUCCCUGGGAGCGUACCCAAAAUUGGCUUUGUUUCUGCGCCGAAGGACACUUCGGUAGGGAAUGUGGUUGUGAGGGCCAUGUCGGUUGGACAACCACACAAGGCUAUUCCAGUGACUGUAGCGCUGGCCGUCGCAGCUGCGGCAAAUGUGACGGGCAGUACGGUAGCUGAGUGCGUGGUUAAAUCGAGUGAAGAUGGCGAGCCAGGUAUAGACAUCAACCAUGCUAGUGGUAAACUGACCGUGGGGGCUGAGUUUGAUGAAGAAGGGCAUUUACAGUUUGCGACUGUUUUUAGGACAGCCAGGAGGCUGAUGGAAGGCAAAGUUUUCUGGAAAACAUGAUGAAAUAGAC